AUGAGGGCGCUGCUCCUCUGGUGUUUGCCGCUCCUGGCCUUCGCGGCGAAGACCCACAUCACCGUGAAAACGGUGAAGGAGGAGCUGGACAUCCAGAACGUGGAGCACCCCAGCGAUGGCGUCAUCGUGCGCAUCAUAGACCCUCAGGAGGCAGAGCGCAAAACCAACGAGGCUGCUCAUGCUGACAGCCUGGAUGAUUUGGCAAGUCACGGCCACGAUGCGGAGCAUGCUGACGAGCAUGCUGACGAGCAUGCUGACGAGCAUGCUGACGAGCAUGCUGCAGAACAUUCUGAUGGACAUGGAGAGCAUGCUGAGCAUGCGGACGGUCACGGAGAGCAUGCAGAUGCACACGGGGAGGCGGCCGAUGCACAUGGCGAUGGACAUGGAGAUGCACAUGGCGAUCAUGGACAUGAUGAGCACGCAGAGCAGGGACAUGGAGAUGCACAUGGAGAGCACGGGCAUGAGGGCCAUGCCCAUGUACACCAUGCCCCUGAUGAGAAGACCCUCACAGCCUCGUACAUGCUGAUUGGUGGCGUGACUUUGGUAAUGGCAAUGUUCUACCUGGUGCAGCACCCUGACACAGAUAUCCGGUACUACAGCUGGAACAUCCUUACGCUGUCCGCCUGCAUUUUCAUUGCAGUCCUGGCAUCAGACGUUGUCAACCAAUGUGCCAAGCGCUUCAUCUUCUCCGGAAUUGCUGUUGGCGCUUGGGGAACCGUUGCUUUGGACCUUUGCCUGGCGGUCAUGUGGUUCCUUGCCUCACAGCUGGUGACGGCAGCCUUGAGCGGUGCCUUUGGGGAGGAGGCAAAGGAGCCCCAGGAUGCCGACACGGAGCAGGAGCGCGUGGAACUGGAGGAGCUCUGGAACCAGCGCGAGACUGCCAUGAAGUGCUGGGGCGGGCUGGUGGCCCACUGCGCGGGCUUCGCCAUCGUGGCGACCCUGGCGUCGCUCCAGGACUCCGAGCCCUUCGCCGCCUCCCCGGGCAUGUCGCUGCUGGUGGUGCCAGGUGCCUUGGUCUUGGUGACGCUGCUGUACCGCGCCGCCGCCUUCACCCGGAAGAAGAUCAGCGAGAUGGACGACGGGGUGGUGAGCCGCGGGGAGGCGCUCUGGGACGAGAUCUCGGAGGAGGCGGAGAACGAGUCCCUCUGCCUGGGCCUGUCCUUCGCGGCCAUCCGGAGCAUCAGCUUCUUUGCGAUUGGCGCCAUGCCGGAUACCCACUUCCACAUCUACUCAGAUGUGGCGGGGGCUGAUUGGCACCGUGGCUGGAUGGUGCUCUGUGCGGUCUCCCUGUGCAGCAUGAUGUUGGGCGUUGCCACUCUGAAGCUCAAGGAGAAGAUGUUCGGCGGCCACGGCGGCCACGGUCACGGCCACGACGAGCACGCCAUCGAGGCCCAGGAGCUCCACGACGAGGACGACAUCCGCCUGCGCGCGCUGCUGAUCCUCUCGGAGACCUUCAUCAUGAGCUUCUCCUGGGGUAUGCUCUCUUGCGCCAUUGCGAUGCUGAACGCCUUCAAGCCGCAGCUGGAGCACCACCUUAUCGGGCACCUGGUGGUGGCGCUGGUCGUCUCUGCCCUCUCUUGCCUCAUGCUGGUGUCCCUGGACAAGGUUGCAGACAUGCUGAAGGCUCACGGGGAUUCGGAGUCCACCGUGCAUAUCAUCAACCACAUCAUCCUGGCCCAUGGCCUGCUGAUCGGCAUCAGCUGGGAGGUCUGCUUCGCACUGGGCAUGCACGCGAUCAGCCAUGCCAUGGAUGGUCCCAACGUGGAUAUCUUCCUGGCGGUGUUCCUGUGCCUGGUGGUUGUGCCAGCCUACCGCCUUUUCAUGCUCCCUGAGCUGAAGGCUCGAGCGGCCAAGUGCCUGUGA